GAUCACUGAGAAACCCACAUAAGCAUACGCACAAUCCUGCUUCUCGGGCGCUGGUUUUUGUGUUCCAAUAUCUGUCUCCUAAUCUCAAUCGCCUCGACAUGCACAAGUUGAACUCUUUCUCAGUUGAUCAGUUAAAGCAUUAGUCCCUUCCUCUUCUAGAUUUCGUCAUGGACUCAUCACACAAGUACAAUAGUUCUCUUGAUCAAAAUUUUGACGAGAUAAACUCUAACUUGGACACUCAUUGUUCUCCUGUACAAGCAUCGCUGUCUUCUAUGGAAACCCAGCACAUUCACCCUAGAAAGUACCAAUUAGAAGUGUUUGAAGUAGCAAGAAAACAGAACACAAUAGCAGUGUUGGAGACUGGUUCUGGUAAAACCUUCAUUGCUGUUAUGCUUAUAAAUGACAUUGGCCAGUCUAUCAAGUAUAGUGGCGUGAAAAAAUUGAUUAUUUUCUUAGCUCCGACUGUUCAUCUUCAAUUUAAGAUUAUAAAAGAUCUUACAAAUUUUGACGUCGAAGAAUACUACGGGGCUAAAGGAGUUGAUACAUGGAAUUUAGAGAGAUGGGAGAAGGAGAUCAAUGACCAUGAUGUACUGAUUAUGACACCCCAGAUUCUUUUGGAUGCCUUGAGAAAGGCAUUCAUCAAUAUAGAAACAGUAUGCUUGAUAAUCAUUGAUGAAUGUCACAGAGCAACUGGCAAUCACCCCUAUGCAAAAAUAAUGAAGGAAUUCUAUCACAAGGCUAAUGUGAAGCCAAAAAUCUUUGGGAUGACAGCAUCACCGGUAAUUAAAAAAGGUGUUUCCUCUACUAUGGAUUGCAAGGGUCAGAUAUCAGAGCUUGAAAAUAUCCUCGAGUCUGAGAUAUAUACAAUUGAAGACAGAACAGAGAUGGAUGCUUGUAUCCCUUCUGCAAAAGAGAGCUGUAGAUACUAUGAUCAAGCUCAACCUGCUGCUAUGAGUUUGAAAUCAAAGAUUGAAGCCUUGUGGUCUGAGUCUGAUAUCUUCUUGUCAGAACUACAGAAGUCAUUGGAAGGUAACUACAAAGAUGUGGAUGAUAAAUUUAAGGGCCUCCAUAAGCGAAUGUCCAACGACCUUGCCAAAAUAUUGUAUUGCCUUGAAGAUCUUGGACUUCUAUGUACUUAUGAGGCUGUCCAAAUAUCUCUUGAGAAAUUCCACAGCAUAGAGGACGAGCAUGAAGCAUACCGUAAAGGUUUUUUGCAUUGCAAAUAUUUCCUUGAAAACGUGAUGCAAAUAGUUGGGGAAUCUCUUCCUCUGGCUGACAAAAGCCCUUUGGAGGUAGGAUUUGACUAUACAGGAGCAGUAACUUUGGGUUACAUAUCUCCAAAAUUACAUGAACUUAUUCAAAUCUUCCAAUCCUUUGGAAAAUCUAGUCAUGUGUCAUGCCUUAUUUUUGUUGAGAGGAUAAUCACAGCUAAGGUGAUUGAAAGGUUUGUAAGAAAAGUUUCGCAGUUAUCUCAUUUCGCAGUUUCAUAUGUAACUGGAAGCAAUACAUCAAAUGAUUCACUGGCAUUAAAGAGGCAGAAGGAAACAUUGGAUUCAUUUCGCACAGGAAAGGUCAAUCUAUUAUUUACCACUGACGUAAUUGAGGAAGGAAUCCAUGUCCCCGGCUGCUCUUCUGUUAUACGUUUUGAUCUACCAAAAACAAUUCGUAGUUAUGUCCAAUCGAGGGGACGGGCUAGGCAGGCCAACUCUCAGUUUAUUAUGAUGUUGGAAAGGGGAAACUCGAAGCAUAUAAGUCAACUGUUUGACAUAAUCAAGAGUGAGCGUUUCAUGACCGAUGACUCUCUUAAUAGUGGCUUCAGCAUUUUCACCCCAAGGGCUUGUACAGUAGAAGAAGCAAUCACAUACUCUGUGGAUUCUACUGGAGCAUCGGUCACGUCAGAUUCUAGUGUUACUCUCAUUCAUCAAUACUGUGGAAAGCUCAAAGGAGAUAUGUACUUCAAUCCAAAGCCAAUUUUUGAGAGUUUUGACGUGGAAGGUGGUUACCAGUGCAAGUUGUCAUUGCCUCCUAAUGCAGCUUUUCAAACUAUAGUUGGUCCCUUAGGCAGAAAUGCUCAUUUGGCAAAACAGCUUGUAUGUUUAGAAGCAUGUAAGAAGCUCCAUAAAAUGGGUGCUUUGGAUGAUCAUCUUCGCCCGUCAGUUGAAGAACCUCUGGUACAGGUUCAAACUGUAAAAAGCAAGAAAACAAGUUCAGGUGCAGGAACUACAAAAAGGAAGGAGUUGCAUGGCUCAGCUAGCAUUCGUGCUUUAUGUGGGACUUGGAAAGAUAAACUUGAUGGAGCCAUAUUUCAUGCCUAUACGUUUGAUUUCACCUGUAAUGUUCUUCAUGAUAUGUACUCUGGAUUUGUUCUGCUGAUUGAGUCAAAGCUUGAUGAUGAUGUUGGAAAUUUUGAAUUAGAACUCUACUUGAUCUCAAAGAUUGUGAAGACUUCAGUCUCAUCAUGUGGCCAAGUGCAUUUGGAUGCUGAACAGAUGAAGAAUGCAAAAUCUUUUCAUGAACUUCUUUACAAUGGUGUUUUUGGGAGAUUAGUUUUUCGGUCCAAAGAAGGAGGAGGAAGGAAAUUUCUUCUUCAGGAUGAAACGUCGUCAUUGUGGACUCCAUCAAACUUAUAUUUGCUUCUACCUCUUGAAAAAGAUGGUAUUGAUGAGGAAUCUUUGAAAAUCAACUGGGCAGGAAUCAAUUCUUGUGCUUCUGCUAUUGAAUUUAUGCGGAAAAGGUGUUCUCUGGGCAUUGACCAUUGCAAUGAUUACAGAAAAAACUUACCAUCCCAUGAUAUCAGUUUGUUGGAGGCAGAUUGUGGGGGCAGAGAAAAGAUUCAUUUCGCUAAUUUUGUGCUUGAUGUUAACAAUGUCAAAGAUAUGGUAGUUUUGGCCAUCCACACUGGAAGAAUAUACUGUAUAAUUGAAGUUGCUCAUGACCUGUGUGCUGAAAGUCCUUUUGAUGGCACCACUGAGGAUGUGGCUGCAGCAGAGCGUAUUACCUUCUCAGAUUAUUACAGCAAAAGGUAUGGGAUUACACUGAGACAUCCAGGGCAGCCUUUGCUGCUUUUGAGGCAAAGUCAUAAUCCACACAACCUUCUUGUGAACUUCAAUGAGGAUGAUACUCUAGGUAAGUCUCCAGAAGGUGGCCUGGUAACCCAAAAAGCACGAGCUCAUGUUCACAUUCCACCGGAGCUUCUCUGCACCCUUGAUGUUCGAAGGGAUGUGUUAAAGUCACUUUACCUGCUUCCGUCUUUGAUGCACCGCCUUGAAUCAUUUAUGCUAGCCAGUCAACUUAGACAAGAGGUGGCUGGCCAAGAUAACAACUACAACAUACCUAGCUCUCUGAUUUUAGAAGCACUUACAACUGUAAGAUGCUGUGAAAAGUUUUCUAUGGAACGUCUUGAGUUGCUUGGAGAUUCCGUCCUCAAGUAUGCUGUAAGUUGUCAUCUCUUUCUCAAAUAUCCAAAGAAGCACGAAGGACAAUUAUCUGCUCAGCGCACAGCGGCGGUGUGUAACUCAACCCUACAUAAAUGUGGAACAGAUCAUAAAAUACAGGAAUAUAUUCGUGACUUUGCAUUUGAGCCCCGCCGGUGGGUCGCUCCGGGACAGAAUUCUAUACAUACUGUUCAUUGUAAAUGUGGGGUGGAAAACCUUGAAGUGCCUUUAGACGAAAAGUUUCAAAGUGAAGAUCCAAAAAUUGUGGUUGGGAAGUUCUGUGACAGACGUCACCGUUGGAUAUGUUCAAAGACUAUUGCAGAUUGUGUUGAAGCUCUGAUAGGUGCAUAUUAUGUGGGUGGUGGACUACUUGCUUCACUUCAUGUGAUGAAGUGGCUUGGAAUUUGUGCUGGUCUUGAACCAUCUUUGGUUGAUGAAGCAAUUACUGUUGCUUCUCUUCACAUAUACUCACCAAAAGAAAAUGAGAUUGCAAGUCUUGAAGCUAAAAUUGGGUAUAAAUUUUCUGUCAAAGGACUCUUGCUAGAGGCAAUCACACAUGCAUCUGAGAAUGAACUUGGGGGUGGCUAUUGUUAUGAGAGGCUUGAGUUUCUUGGCGAUUCGGUAUUGGAUCUGCUUAUCACAUGGCAUCUAUAUCAGAGUCAUACAAGCAUUGAUCCAGGGGAAUUAACUGACUUGCGAGCUGCUUCUGUCAAUAACGAAAACUUUGCUCAAGUUGCAGUCAGACAAAAUCUGCAACAGUAUCUUCUGCAUAGCUCAGAUUUAUUACUUGGCCAAAUAAAUGAUUAUGUCAGGGCGCUCUCUGAAUCAAACAUGACGAAGUCACUUCCAGGCUUUAAAGGACCUAAGGUACUUGGGGAUUUAGUAGAAAGUAUUGCCGGGGCCAUACUAAUUGACACCAAACUUAAUCUUGAUGAAGUGUGGAAAGUUUUCAAGCCUCUAUUAUCUCCCAUUGUCACUCCUGAUAAACUUGAACUGCCUCCAUUACGUGAGCUACUCGAAUUAUCCAGCUCUCUUGGGUAUUUUGUAAAAGAAAAAUGUAAGAUGAAGGGAGAUAUGGUGCAUGCAGAGCUUAGUUUACAGCUUCAAGAUGUCCUGUUGGUUCGAGAGGGAUGGGGCCCAAAUAGGAAAACAGCAAAAGGAGAAGCUGCCUUUCAUUUACUAAAGGAACUUGAGAAGAGGGGAAUUUCACACAGUAAUAGUGGGACCAAGAGAAAAAGAGAUAAUCCUGAUCAUUUCUUCGAUUCUUCUUCUGGGAAGAAGGAAUUUAGUAUUUGCGCUGGUCUACGUGAUGAGCAUGUCUCAGAGCCACUAACGUAUAAGAGGGCCAAGAAGGACAAAACUAAUCUAUCAGCUCCCAAUGACCUUCCAACGGAACUCUCUGAUCCCAAUGAUGCAAUUCCAGUUAUUGCAUCAAUCAAUAUGAAGAAGGGAGGACCCAGGACCACCCUAUUUGAGCUAUGCAAGAGACUACAAUGGCCAAUGCCUACAUUUGACUCAGCGGAACUCAAACAGAGGACUCCAUUUGAAUUUGGUGAAGGUUCAGAAAGAAGAAAAGGAUACAUCUGUUUUGUGUCAAGCAUACAACUGUGCAUACCCAAUUAUGGUAAUAUCGAUUGUAGAGGAGACUCCAGAGCGGAUAAGAAGAGUUCACUUGACUCUGCUGCAUUAGAAAUGCUCUAUGAGCUACAACGACUGGGAAAACUCAAGAUUGGUGAUUUCUAACCGCGGCAACGUUUUAGAGGAAUCAUCCCAAGCACGACGAAAAUAGAGUGGAGAAAAAAUUUUAAUGAAUUCAAUUUAAAAAAAAAUUUAAAGAAGCGAGGUUAAAAGUUUUAACCUUACUACAUUUCAUCAAAAUUUCAUAACACUUCUUUAAUCUUUUUAAAUCA